GCUGGCGCGCGCGCUGGCUUUCAACAUCUGUCAUUUUAGUGUGAUGAAGCCUAUAUCCUGCAGCAAUACAGUCCAGAAACCAGACUUCAUUUACACGUCAACAUGGCGGCCGCCAGUAACACCGUUCGCGACAAGCAGAUUGCUGCUCUGAAGCGCAUGCUGAACCUGAAUGCACCGGUAACCAAGACCAGCCUCAAUGAACCAACAUGGAAGAUACUGGUAUACGAUCGCUUCGGUCAGGACAUUAUCUCACCACUGCUGUCGGUGCGGGAAUUGAGGGACAUGGGCGUCACUUUGCACUUGCUUCUCCAUUCAGAUCGGGACCCCAUCCCAGAUGUUCCUGCUGUCUAUUUUGUCCUCCCCACCGAGGAAAACGUCCAGAGAAUAUGUCGGGAUUGUCAGAGCCAGUUGUACGAGUCCUUCUUUCUGAACUUCACCUCUGCCAUCUCCAGACAGCUACUAGAAGAACUCGCCGGCGCGGCACUCCAGUCAAACACAGUUUCACAGAUAUCAAAGGUUUUUGACCAGUAUCUGAAUUUCAUCUCCAUGGAGGAUUUUUUCUUCACAGUCAGACAUCAAAACAGAGAUUCAAUCUCGUACUAUAGUAUGAACAACGCUGACGUCAAAGACACAGAAAUGGACACCAUCAUGGACACCAUAACGGCUAGUCUUUUCUCGGUGUGCGUCACUCUUGGCACUGUGCCAAUCAUCCGAUGUCCCAAGGGAAACGCAGCUGAGAUGGUGGCAGAGAAACUUGACAAGAAACUAAGAGAGAACCUGCGAGAUUCUCGUAACAGUCUCUUUACGACGGAUUCCAUGCAAGCUGGACAGUUCAGCUUCCAGAGACCGUUACUAGUCAUUCUUGAUCGUAACAUGGACCUAGCUACUCCAUUUCAUCACACAUGGACCUACCAAGCUCUGGCACAUGAUGUACUGGAUCUUCAGUUAAACAGGGUGGUGAUUGAGGAGACGGUAGAUGUAGGUCACUCCACCACGGGGUCACGACCCAAGAAAAAGACCAAGUCCUAUGACCUCUCAUGCCACGACAAAUUCUGGUCCAGUCAAAAAGGAAAUCCUUUCCCUGAGGUAGCUGAGGCGGUUCAGAGUGAGUUAGAAACCUACCGAGCAUCCGAGGAUGAAGUCAAGAAACUCAAGGCGGCCAUGGGUCUUGAAGGUGAGGAUGAAGGUGCUAUCAGUAUGUUAUCGGACAACACGGCUAAACUCACAUCAGCUGUAAGUUCUCUUCCGGAGCUUCUUCAGAAGAAGAAGACCAUUGACAUGCAUACCAAUGUAGCCACAGCACUCCUUGAUCAAAUCAAGGUUCGCAAAUUGGAUGUCUAUUUUGAGCUGGAGGAGAAGCUAAUGAGCAAACAGUCCCUAGACAAAUCUCUGAUGGACGUAAUCACGGACCCGGACGCGGGAACGCCGGAUGAUAAAAUGAGGUUGUUUCUCAUCUUCUUCAUCUGCACACCAGUCAUGAGCGACGUUGAGCUGGAUCAGUACUCCGUUGCUUUGGAGUCUGCGGGAUGUAACUUGGCACCACUACAAUACGUCAAAAGAUGGAAACACUACACCAAGAUGACAGCACCCAGCCAGUAUGCAGGAGGAGGCACCAAGACCAUCAGCAUGUUCUCUAAACUCAUGAGCACCGGCUCUCAGUUUGUUAUGGAGGGCGUCAAGAACUUUGUGGUCAAGAAACAUAAUUUGCCAGCUACGCGGAUAGUCGACGCCUUGAUGGAGCUCAAAUCUAACCAGGAGACGGAUGACUACCGAUACUUUGACCCAAAACUGCUGAGAGUCACAGACAGCUCGGCUAUCCCGAGGAACAAAACCCCAUUCCAAGAUGCCAUUGUCUUUGUGGUAGGUGGAGGCAACUACAUUGAGUAUCAGAAUCUUAUGGACUAUGUCAAGAGUAAAUCCAGCACCGCAGGGCAUGGGAAGAAGAUAACGUAUGGUUGCAGCGAGUUAUUCAACGCCGAUCAAUUCUUAAAACAGUUAACACAACUUGGGGAGGAGAAUGUCUAACAGAGGAAUGUC